AUGAUGUCGAGCGACGGGGGGAGCUGCGACGUCGCGAAGAACAGGUGGUGGGAGCGAAGCACGACGCGCAACGACGCAGGAGAGAUUGAGCAGCCAGCAACAAGAAAUCGGGGAGGAUCAGACGGAGCAUCUGUCGCCGACGCACGUCGGCUGUCCAGAACUGCAAAUCGCAUCCCGACUUUGCUGCGGCGAGCGGCGGCGGUUGGUGGUGGUGACGAUGAUGAUUUUGGCCGAGAAUGCGGGAGUAAGGGGGCGAGGCCAAGCGUACGAACCUAA